CCCCACCCCCCUUCCUCUUCCUCCCAUCGCUCUGCCCCCGCAGCCUCCCUCCCCACCUCCGCGCCGCGCCGCCCCCUAUCAAAUCGAAAUCCCUCUCCGCCAUGCCGAAGGGCGCCAAGAAGCGCGCCAAGCUCAAGAAGCAGCAGCAGCAGGGCCACCCCGACGAUGGCGGCAACAACACCAGCGCCAACAACGGCCACGGGAACGGCAGCGACGACAACAACGCCUCCAGCCGCCUCGACGGCGGCCACCACCUGCGGAUCCCACCCAAGGUUUCCCGCGUGGAUGCGAGCGAGGACUCGAUGGAGAGCUCCGAGGAGAUGGUGACGCCCAGGGCCGCCGCGUCGGAGGCGGACGAGGAGGAGAGGAAGGCCGCCGCGGACGAGGUGCCCGUGGAGCACGCCGUCGAGGCCGGGGAGGAGGUUAUGGUGGACGCGUUUCCGCCGGAAACAGCUGGGCAGGAACGCGAGGGCAAGGUGGAUGCGGCGGUGCAGGAACCGGAGGUAAAGGAUGUGGUGGUGGCCGAGGAAUCCGUGGUGCAGGAGCCAGAGGCACAUGAGGUGGAGGUACCAGAGGUGAAGAGGGAGGUGGCCAAGGUGCAUCCGGUGCAGGAACCUGAGCCAAAGGUUGAUGAAGUGGUGGUGCUCGAGGAGACGCCUCUGGUACAGGAACCAGAGGUGAAGGGUGAUGGUGCCAAUGUCGUGGUGCAGGAACCUGAAGCUAAGGGUGGAAAUGUGGUGGCCAAGGACUCCACUGAGGUGCCGCGGUCUCGGGAGGCUGUUGAUGUGCAUACUACAGAGGUGGCACGUGGACCUGUAGUAGCAGUGGCUGCUUCAAGUCAGAGGGCAACAUGGUGGAAUUGCUGUGGGCUUUUUGAUGUAUUUUCUGGUUCAGGGAGAUAGAUGAAGGGUUUGAACUUGGAAGUCGAGAAGACAGAAAAUACAUUGUUCGGUUCAAAGCUUAUGGUCAGUUGUAACUAGAUUUGGUUGAAUAGUCACAUGAAUGAUGAAGCAGAAGGAUUCCGAAUAACAUCGAGCUGAUGUUUCUACUUGCCCCCAUCCCUGCAUUUCCGCGUCUGUGCAAAGUUACACCCUCCUGGUUGUGGUUAAUAUUGUUGAUUCCCUGGGCAUACCGAGCUCCUCUUCCCCGCCUUGUCUAGUGUCGUCUAGGUCCUGGUCAUGUAGCAUAAGAGUUGGAGUAAAGAAAUUUUGUUGUUUCUGCUUUUAUACUUAUUUCCCUGGGGCAUCAUCCGCUAUGCCCCCUACCUCUCAUGGUUGUCACUUGUAAGGAGUAUAUUUGUUCAAACAAUUUGAGAUGUUCUUUGCGGAGCCCA